UUGCGAGGUUGUUGGUGGUGUGGUGCGGUGUGGUGUUCCGCUGACACGGGAUUUGUUUUCGUCCGUACUUCGUACAUUUCGGCAGUCGCUCGUUAUUACCCGCGCGUUCGCUCGCGCUCGGAUAGCGGAGCGAGGCGGAUUGUUGCACAGGUUGCGGACGACAAUGGCCAACCACUACGAGGUCCCGAACUGGGCCGGCAAGCCACCGGUGGGGCUGCAUCUGGACGUGCUGAAGAACGAUAAAUUGAUACAGAAACUUAUGGUGGAUGAGAAGAAGUGCUACCUGUUCGGCCGCAAUCAACAGCUGAACGAUUUCUGCAUCGAUCAUGCGUCCUGCUCACGUGUUCAUGCCGCUCUCGUUUAUCACAAACACCUCAAUCGGGCAUUUCUGGUUGAUCUGGGAAGCACACAUGGAACUUUUAUUGGAAAUCUACGUUUGGAGGCUUACAAACCGACUCAGUUACCAAUCGACAGUACAUUUCACUUUGGGGCAUCUACUCGGUAUUACAUAAUAAGGGAAAGACCUCAGACUGGCGCCCGGCCUAUCAUCGAAGAACUGGAGAAAUUAUCCGAGGAUAUGGACGGCGGUGGUUUGCUGGGAUUGCCAGAAACAGAAACAGAAUUAGACAAUUUAACGGAGUUUAAUACAGCUCACAACCGACGAAUUUCUAUGCUUGGCAUAACAGACGAUGAGAUGCAUAAACCAACGCGCAAGCGAAAGAAAAAGGGAAUCACCUUCAAUGACGAUGAAGAAGUAAUCAAUCCGGAAGACGUUGAUCCGUCGGUUGGGAGAUUUCGUAAUCUUGUACAAACGACAGUUGUUCCUAGUAAGAGAAUGCGAAUGGAGGGUGGUCUCAUAUCAUUGUCAGAAGAUCACAAUCCUCUGAAGCACAUGCAGCCCACGUCUACCACCCCGCAACUCUAUCACGAUCUACCUCCCGAGCAGUUUACGCCGUCCUCGAUGUCGUCGAUCAAUCCGUUUUCCACGGCUCUUACGUCGCUGACGUCGCGGCUUGGCAUCGCGCUACCCAACCCUGCGCCCGAAGUGGAGAUGACGCCGAAUCAGAUACAGGCGGAGGUGUCGCACGUGCAAGAACACAUACCGGGUACGACGGAACCGCGGGCGAUGGAACCGAAGAAGAAGAAGUAUGCCAAAGAGGCAUGGCCCGGGAAAAAACCGAUACCAACGCUUCUUGUAUAAUAGGAAGAAUUGUCGUAUUAUUUUUUGAUGGAACUGCUUCAUCCAAGGAUUGUUCAUACAUUACAGAUUUACAUACAAUGCCAGCUCUAUUACGUGUUACUAUAUCGGUAGUAACUGUCAAAUCUUAAUCACGUUGAACCAUGUAGGAUUACGAUGAAAAGACUAAAUUUAUAACAAGUUAAAAUUUUAUUUAAGUAAUAAUAACUCAGAUAUAAGUAACUUGGCUAGAUUAUAUAAUGAUUUAAAGUUUUAUUUAAAGUGGACGUGUCUAAAAAGACUUGUGAUUUGCUUGAAAAAUGCAAAUGAAUCAUUUGCAUUUGUCAAUCCGAUAAAUGCAUUCAGCUAAAACUAACAAUGAUAUUCGUUCAAAGCAUCCUAAAUUUAUGCAAUUUUAAGUUUAAAAGAACUGAACGAUAUUGGAUGCAUCUAACGUUUAUCAUGUUAAGUUUUGUACCCGUACUACAUUUAUUUCCGCUGCGAUAACAAGUAUCAAUAGAAAUAAAGUUAUGUUUAAUUUUAUCAAAUAGAUUCUGGUUACUAGGAGAAUGAAAUUACAUGUCUAGUUUUAACAUUGUCGUGAUUUUUAAUAGUUAUUAAUAACAGCAUUACCGUGAUUGUUAUAUAUAUAUAUAUAUAUUACAUUUCCUUAAACCUCGACAUAAUUUCCAAUAUGUACAAUUGCUAUUAUCGCUCCAAGUGCAAUGAAUACGAUGUAAAUAGAUAUAAAGGGAAUUUCGUUGAUAUACUUUUAUAAAUAUCAGUACCAAAAAAGAAGUCAAUAAAAAAAAAAACA